AAAAAUCGAUAAAAAGUCAUGGAUCGAUGAAAUCCAGUAGGCGAAGAAGCGCUUUGUAACUUUGCGCGGUCAUGUCAGUAUUAUUGUGCAGCGAUUCUCAGACAACGUGUUCGAUCGUCGACAUCGUUAUCUUUUUUAUUGAAACUCUCCCAAGAGUUGAGAUACUGGUGGUCAUAACAUAAACCUAUCACACAAUUCGAUUUUUAUUCAACAUCAAACUGUUGAACUAAGUAGGUGCCAACUACGGUGCCUGCGAAAUAUUAUUGAUUUGUUUUAUUGUUGGUAAUUAAAACUACACGCUAAACCAAGAAAUUUAUUAUGAGUCUUUCAAAUCUUGGCAUUAUGUCCCUUUACUACCUAUCAUUAAGUGAAAUAUGCAAUACGAUGAAUGAAAGUACACUGCAGUAUGUGUUAAAACAGUUACCACCAAAAAUAUGUUUAGAUGUCUUAUGGCAGGUCUCAGGUGCCAGUGAGAAUUACCACAAUAUGCUGAUAGGAAUCAAGUUGAUGCAGGAUCUGAAAUAGCUCAACUUCGUUUAUAUGAUAUUUUCCAUAUAACCGAUGAGAAAAUUGAAGAAUUUGGGAUAACUCAACAAAUUAAAGUUGCUAAUUAUUUUAAUUGGUCUAGUCUUUGUGACAAAGAAUUAUUCUUUAAAUUAGCUGAAAGGGAAGGAGUCAAUCACGAUCAACUAAUUAUUUUAUUUCAGUUUUGUGUACAAAUUAAAGGUUUUAAUUUGCCAUCAAACUUUGCUCAAUAAUGGAUCAAAACAGUAAUACAAGAUGGCAAUGAAGACUUAUAUUUUCCUCAUCUAGAAAAAGGUCUUAAAUUAGGCAUUUUUCUUGGUGAUGCUGGCUGGUUCAAUGAAAGUGCCCUAGUCUUAUCACACGCAUACAAAAUAAUUAUCACAAAAUGGGUGUGUCACGACCAAAAUGUACAACUGCUCAAGACUAUUGAAUGCUUGACCGAGUUAUAGAAAACAUUGAAUUAAAAAUGAUUUACUAUCAAAUAAUAGUUGAUUUUACAAAAACAUAUUUUCCUAGGUGGUUAAUAGUGACAUCAAAAUAUCAAAAUUUUGAUGACGCUGAUGUAGUUUUACAACAUAUGCUUCGCACUAUCAACAUCAUUGAACAAAUAGAAGAAAGAACAUUGUGUAUAGCACAUGCGUAUUUAGCUGUUUCGCAAUACCAUUAUACAUCAAUGGCAUUUAAUGAGGCUUGGUUUUGGGCAGUUAAAGCUAUCCUUGAACUUCAUGAAGAUAGUGGAGUCUUAAAAAUUAUGGUUAUAAGUCAUGCCAUUAGAGUUAGUGCGUUCAUAAACAAAAUUAAUAUAGCAAGACGGUUGUUAGAACAGAUAAAUGUAUCACACAACAUGUCCAUUUCUUGUAUUCAUAAUAUUAAUAUGAUGUGGAAUAUCGCAUAUUACUUUAAUAUUUUAGAAUACACAGAUGAAGCUAUUAAGCAAUAUUAUAUUACAUUAAAUUCAGCACGAAAUGUAUUUGGUUACUACAAUUUAAAUACUGCAAUGGUUUUGGCCGAGUAUGCACUUGCUUAUUUUAAUUUAAGUGAACCAUCAGUUGAAAACGGCGAAUCUGUGUGGUGCAUACUUCAAGCUUUAUCCAUCAUGAGUAAAAUUGGUAUACCAGAAAACAAUAUGUUUUUAAAGAAUGCUUGUCUGAUUAAAUCGUUAAUACUAGGAGAAACAGCACUCCUUCAGUCCUUUGAUAGUAUAAGUGAUGGGAAAGAUCGUGUAAACAUGACAUGA